AUGGGUAUAAGAAUGAUAGACCCCUCGCCGCAGACUGAUAGUUUCCAGUUAUAUUCUUCGAGGGAGCGAGAGUUCUCGACAACAGACUUUAACUUUGAGGGUUCUCAAGCCUCCCUCAUCCCAUAUUACGACUCGGUACGCACCUUCAUUAGGAACCGUCAUGUUCCUCGGAAAGACGACGCAUUUGCUGGCUAUUACUACGCAGCAUACGAGACCCAAGAGUGCGGUGACAAUGGAAGCCAAUCUGAUGAAGUAUUAGUGUCUACCUCGGCUUUUAGCUCUGCAGAGAAUGCGACCGAACCUUCUCACGAGCGAGAGUCCAGAUCGAGACAGCCAACUGUGGUGGAUUGCGCACCAACAGGGCGGUUCUCCCUAUCUGAAGACCAAUCUGCAACUGAGGAGGCCACCGUGACUGAGAAGAUGCCAACAGCAGUCGAGAUUUUAUCGGACAUGCAACCCCUAGUCACCAACUGUUCGAUAAACGACACUGGCUCCCUUGAACCGCCCACCAGAAACCAUCUAGUAAUGGAUGAGAACGUCGAGAGCCAUACUCAAAAACACCCUUUUCAUCCAGGUCACCGAGGUUUAUCGAUUCUUUCAUCUGUCACCAGCACACCCGACUCUCUACAGAGUCCUAUUGGCGGGUCGACCGGGCUUUCCAGUAGUGACAUUUAUUAG